AAAUUUUGUUAUUUGGACAAAUUAUGCUGCAGAAUCUUGAAGUUAGCAAAUGAUUGGAUUGUCAGUUGAUUAUUGUGACAGGAGCAGAAAGGACCAAUAAAGAUACAUGUUAUGUGAAUGGUUAUGAACGCUCUGUUUAAUCACAUUUAUAUAUUUUACUUCCAUAUUUCAAGAUCUCAUUUCAAAAUCAGGCGAUUGUUCUUGACAAUAUUCAAUCCAUCCAUCUUCACCUUCAGAAAUCAUCUGUCCAUCACCACAUGUCAAAUCUUAUUUGGUUUACUACUUUGUUUACUAUUUUCCUUCUCUCUCUCCAUGUCAAAACAUAUUGAGAGUGAGCUCAGUCAUUGUUAUUGUGAAUGUGAACAAAAAUACUGAAUACAGGUAACAUUACAACUGUUACUCCAUUUCAACCAGUUAAACUUGUUGCUUAACUUAUCUCAACCUCAUGUUAUUAAGCUGUUGAAUUGAAUAUAAUGGAUACGUGUUUCUAUUUAUAUCAUUUUUACCAACUUUGUUAAACUUAAAUUUAUAACUUUAAUCGUUUGUAAUUAAACAAUUCGUUCAAUUAUUCAUCUUCAAUAAGUCAACUUAUUCACCAUUUCAACUGACUUCACAGUUAUAAUUAAAGCUAUCCCAUGUGUUAUAUCCCACAUCAGGCUGGUCUUUUUUGUGAUAAUUUUUCAAUAUUUUUUUAACCUAAAGUGUUAUUUUAAAGUCAUUAAUUAUCUUAAUUUUAAUCAUGAACAACUUCUCAAGUGUUUUCUGGUCAUUUAUAAAUCUAAUGAGAAUAUUAGCAAGCAAUGUUUUAUCCAAUGAUCCAGUCGGAGCAGUCAAUUGGGACCCAAAACAGUGGCAUCAUCAAUUGAAGUAUCUGGAGACCAAUGAUCUUUAUACAAUUGCCAGUGAUUCACCGAAAACCUAUGAAUAUUUUAAUUAUACACUUAAUAACAUCAUGAUUCCAAGAGUUUCCGGUACCGAAGGGAAUAGAAAAGUUCGAGAGUUCAUAGAAAAUUCGAUGAGAGACUUAGGGUGGACAGUUGAGGAAGAUGCUUUUAUGGCCAAUACUCCGUAUGGUUCCAAACCUUUUGUUAAUAUAAUUGCAACUCUAAACCCAAAAGCUUGCCGUCGGUUAAUGAUUGCUUGUCAUUAUGACUCCAAAUUAUUUCCUGGUAAAAAUUUUGUUGCUGCCACCGAUUCAGCUGUCCCUUGUUCAAUGAUGAUUGAGAUUGCUCGUCAUUUCUCAUCCAGUUUACAGAAACAUAAAACGGAACGUAAUGAUUUAACUUUGCAAUUUGUAUUUUUUGAUGGGGAAGAGGCUUUUAAAGACUGGACAGAUACGGAUUCACUUUAUGGUUCUCGUCAUUUAGCUGCUCUUUGGAAUAAAUCAAGAUUUCCUAAGAAUCAAGCUGAUAGACAAAGAUGUCCUGGAGAUUAUGCGUCAGAAUUGGACAGAAUUGAUGUAAUGGUCCUUCUUGAUCUUCUUGGUACAGCCAAUCCAUCGAUUUACAGCUAUUUUCCAGAAACCAAUCCACUUUAUGCCAAAAUAUUACGAGCAGAACAACGUUUGAAUGAUUUAUCAUUGUUGGAAGCUGAACCACCAAAGACGACAACCACCUAUUUCAAGAAUCGACUCAGUUUUGGAGGCGUUGAUGAUGACCAUAAACCAUUUGCUUCAAGAGGAGUCCCAAUUGUCCAUGUCAUUCCAAUGCCUUUUCCAUCAGUUUGGCAUAAAAUGUCUGAUAAUGGCGAUGCUUUAAAUCAUCCAACAAUCCUCAAUCUAAUCAAAAUUUUCAAAGUCUUCAUCGCUGAAUAUUUGCAUCUAGCAAUUUGAUUUGUAACUGGCAAAUAAUUUCUACCUUGGGCAAUUUAACCUUUGCAUUCAAAGUAUGGCGAAGGGAUCAAUGAAGUUAUCCAUUUUAUUGAUCAUUUAUUUUUCUAAUCAUUGCAAUUUUGAAUGAAACAAGAAUAACUACAAAUCAGCAAAUCAUCUUUACUCUUGCAAAAACGACAUAAAUUAUAUUUAUAAACACAAUAUGUACUUAUUUUUUGUUCAUCUAAUUUCUAUUCUAAAUUGUUACAACUUGCAAAUAAUGAGUUAUUUCAUAAUUUCAUUACCGAUCUCUCCGAAAACAUGAAAUUACAAAUUAUGAAAACAA